CUCCGAUACGUGCACACGGUCAUCGCACGCAUCUAUUACUGCGUCAACAGAUCCUGGUCCGGCAAAAUUACCGCAGCUGAAUUACGGCGCUCCAAUCUACUCUCCGUAAUAAGUUAUUUAGAAGACGAAGAAGAUAUUAAUCAAAUUACUGAUUACUUCAGCUACGAACAUUUCUACGUCAUCUACUGCAAGUUCUGGGAGUUGGACACCGACCACGACUUGUUCAUCGAUAAACACGAUCUCGCCAAACACAAUGAGAGAGCCCUGUCAAUGCCCAUCAUAGAGCGUAUCUUCAGCGGUGCGGUGACGCGCGGUCGUGUACAGAAGCAGGAGCGUAUGGGCUACCAGGAGUUCGUCUGGUUCCUCAUAUCUGAAGAAGAUAAACGCCAUCC